CAAAUUCCAAUGAAGGGGCAAGUCGGCAUCAUAGGUGCAGGGAUCAGUGGACUCCUUGCGUGCAAGUACAUCAGAGAAAAAGGGUUCCAUCCGAUCGUUUUUGAGGCAAAGAGCAGCAUUGGAGGAGUAUGGACCAAAACCUUAGACACCACCAAACUCCAAACUCCCAAAUCAGUAUAUCAGUUCUCAGAUUUUCCAUGGCCUUCUUCUGUAACACAAGAAUUUCCCGAUCACGAUGAGAUCCUAAAUUAUAUUACAGCUUAUGCCCACCACUUUGACCUCCUUAACCAUAUCAACUUCAAUUCCCAAGUCCUAUCUAUUGAGUAUCAUGGCCCUCCUCUUCAAGAGAUGCAAGCUUGGCAUCUUUGGGGUGGAACAGGUCAACCUUUCACCUCCAAAGGAAAAUGGACACUUUCAGUGAAGAAUACCCAAAACGAUUCAACUGAGGUAUAUACAGUAGACUUUGUGAUUCUCUGCAUAGGUCGGUUCAGUGAGGUUCCCAACAUUCCAGAAUUUCCACCGAACAAUGGACCAGAAAUCUUCGGAGGCAAGGUGAUACACUCCAUGGACUAUGCAUCCAUGGAUUGUCAAACUGCGACCGAGUUCGUCAAAGGGAAGCAAGUCACCGUCGUUGGAUUACAGAAAUCUGCUCUUGAUAUCGCAAUGGAAUGCUCAGCAGUUAACGGGGUAGAGUAUCCGUGCAGAGUCCUAUACAGGACAGAACACUGGAACGUUCCAGACUACCUUCCGUGGGGCAUACCUCUGGGUUAUUUGUAUCUUAAUCGUUUCUCUGAACUCAUGGUUCAUAAGCCCCAUGAAGGCUUCCUCCUCAGUCUCAUUGCCACUCUUCUUUCACCUUUGAGAUGGGCAUUCUCAAAAUUCGUCGAGAGUCAUAUAACAAGGAAGCUGGGAUUGACGAGGUUUGGAAUGGUACCGAGUCAUAGCUUUCACCAAGAGAUUAAUUCUUGUUUGAUCUCAUCGGUGCCUGAGAAAUUCUAUGACAAAGUGGAAGAGGGAAGUAUCACAUUGAAGAAAGCUACGGGAUUUUGGUUCUGCAAAGAGGGCGUGGUGGUUGAUGGAGAAGCCUCGUCUCUGUCAGAGACAGAUUUGGUGAUAUUAGCAACUGGGUUCAGAGGGGACAAGAAGCUCAAAGACAUAUUUGUGUCUUCCACUUUUCAAGACCUUAUAGCAGGCUCUCCGAAUUCAACCAUUCCACUAUAUAGGGAAUGCAUACAUCCCCAAAUUCCACAAUUAGCGGUGAUUGGGUUCUCGGAAAGUAUUUCAAAUCUGUAUACAUCAGAGAUGAGGUGCCGUUGGGUUGCGGAGCUUCUGGAUGGGACAUUCCAAGUGCCAAACAUUGAGGAGAUGAAGAAAGAUGUUGAGAAUUGGGAGGAAUAUAUGAAGAAAUACUCUGGGCGUUACUACAAGAGGUCAUGCAUUGGUGCAUUGCAUAUUUGGUACAACGAUCAACUUUGCAAGGACAUGGGCUGGAACCCCAGAAGAAAAAAGGGACUCCUUGCUGAACUAUUUCAACCUUACGGCCCUUUGGAUUAUUCUUCUUAAUCCACGUCACAUCAUCAUUUAAUAUAUCUUAAUUUCAAACAUAACCAAUAAAACUCCCCCCCGCAAUGUCUGAUUGUUUCUACUUUCUUAAAUGCAUGUUUUACCUUCGCUUUAAUGCUUGUAUUAUAAAAUGUUAUUCGAUUGUCCAAAAAAAAAAAAA